GUGGAGCGAAACACCAUAUAAAAUAAGAUGUUAUUCACUGCACAGCAUUCAUACUGGGAUUAGCAAGGGCAAGGGAUUAAAUCAAGAUGGUGUCUAAAGUAUUAUACUUAUUUGCACUAAUAUUAUUUAUAUUUGUGAUUAAAAGUCAGUCUGCGCCUUUGAUAGAAUCUAAAAAAGAGGUACAAGUUGCUCCGGUUAGAGAUUCAAACGAAAUGAUGGAAACAGCGGAAUCACAGAAUCCGUUCCUGCCGCGGUUUGCCAUGAGAAGGUUAAAAGAGAGACGGGAGAGAAUUCGGGCACAAAGACGACAAAAUCAAGGGGUAAGGAGAUCCCAAACAGCUAGACCUCAUUGUACCCAUUGGAGGACGUAUAAAAAAUGAAGACUUGUAUUUUAGUACUGAUAUUAGGGAUAAUAAGUGUAAUCACAAGUGCUGAAGAAUUAAAUCAAAAGAAUCCAUUACCAGUCAAUGAGUCACAACAUAAUCCAAUAGAAGAUACGACUAAUGUUAGUAGACAAGAUGAGCAGGAAAAUUUAAACACCCAAUCGGAUAUCAGUAACGAAAUUACUGAAAAAUAUGACAAUGCCGAAAUUGACAUAGUUAUAGAAGAAAGUAUUGAAGGUACACAGGAUUUUACUCCACCAGAAGCACCUUUUGAAGCUUCAGUCAAUGAAUUAAUUCUACCAGGAGUACCAACAUCUCUUGAAGGUAUACCUAAUGAAUUGAUAGCACCUGAACCGGCAACAACUGUAAUAUACGAAGAUGAAGUCCAAGAACCACAAAUAUUUAAUCCUUAUAUAGAAGACAAUGUAAUUAUAAAAGAACCCGGCGAAAUUAUGGAGACCGCAGCUGGAUUUGUUCCUAUUCCAAUUAUUAGAAACAGACAGAAACAACGAAGACGCUUCGUCACCAGAAGAAAUUUCCAACGAUAUCCUUUUAGAAGAUUUCACUUCUUUUAUCCCUAUCCAUUUUAUCAUCCCAGCUCUCUGAGGUAUUAUAGAUUUUAAGUCAUACCAAAAAAGUUUUGUAAUUUUUGUAAUUUUACAGGAUAUUUAUUAAGUUUUUAAU